GCCAGGCCUUAUUCCGCGCCCCCUUAUGCGCUCAUACAAGUAUCUAGUCUCGAACCCACAGAGGCGGCCGUUCGGAUAUAAAAGUGUCGAGCUAAUCCGGACUGCACUGGAUCUAUUUGGAAGGAAAAGAAACAAUCCAUUCCCAUCGAAUCCUCAAAAGCUCAAAAGAUCGCCUCUACAAUCAUCUACCAUCCCCACUAGCAAACGCACGAAUCAACAUGGCAGGACUACUCGGAGGUGGCGGUGGCGGGAAGAAAGGCGGCAACGGUGGCCUUCUCGGAGGCGUUUUGGAUACCGUAGAUAAUACGACCAAGGAUCUCCCUGUCGUAGGCGGAGUGACGUCGCCAGUUCUCAAGACCGUGGGAGAGACAACUGACGGAUUACCGGUUGUCGGUUCCGGUGGAGGCAAGCAACAGGUUCAGAAAUCGGAGGGGGGAAGCGAAGCGGAAGCUCAAGCCAAGAAGCAGAAGAAGCUGAGAGCGCUGAAGAAGCAGCAAUUGGAGCUUGAGAUGGCUGAGAUGGAGGAAGAUUAGUGCACUAGAUAGGGAAAGUAGCAACGAGACUUUCAAUUACGACAAUUAAG